AUGGCUAUAACGUUUGAAGAUCGUGUCCCAGUUGCCUGUAAUCAACAGAAGUAUGACGCCGACUACUGUCAUAAACUGACAAUAAAGGUCAAGUUAGCAGAGGAGAACCGCCUCAUGUCUGGCAGGCCAAAGGUGAUUCUCCACGAGGCAGACGGUUUCCCCUUGGACAACUACGGUCGCUACCUCUAUGACCACAUCGUACCCGGCACGCAAGUCCACACCUUCUACUCUAAGAACCUUCAGCACAGCUACAGUAAUCGAAAUCGUCCCUGUCAGUCCGGCCUAAUAGAGGUUCUUGGACAGACGUACAACUAUGACCAGACGGCUUGUCAAUGGAAGAAGACGUGCGAACACCUCUAUAGCGAGUGUGGGUGCUUCUGCCCCUUGGAAUUUCUCAGAGCGCUGGAUCUUGGGGUUGAAAAAAGAGCAGACAAGCUUCAGAGCAUUUAUCCCGAACUCCAAGAGCACUGUAUUCACCGCUGUUUCUACGACACGCAACUUAUGCUGGUGGACACGGCCAUGUGUCCCUACGCUUGCGAUACCACAACGUACAGCAAACUGAACGAAGUGCGAUUUCCCAACGCCACCUCUCUUGACAGCAUCGAGGUCAACUACAUCCAGGACGACGCAAUCACUCAGAAAACGGAGGAAGAACUGUUCGGUCUUGCAAAGCUGUUCUCUGAAGUCGGUGGGCUAAGCUCGUUCUUCUUCGGCUUUUCAUGUCUAGUCAUAUUUCAACUACUUGAAUUGUGCUCUCGCCUGUUGAGUGGAUGGGCUAGAAAAAGAAAUGCCAAGCGUCAGAAAAUACUAAAGUUGCGCAAACUCACUCGAUCCAUUUUAUUUUCUCGUGGAGCCGCCAGUGGCUCCCACUGUCUUCCCGGAUGGGAGGAUAGUCCAAUACUGCCCUACAAAACCAUGCUGCGCAUGAGUUCCAUUGACGACAAACCUGGUCCCUCUGGGGCUGCCGAAUGUGAUCUUUCUGUAUGGAUCGAUGUAGAUGGAACUUUGAUGCCUGUGUCGGUCGAAUGA